CAAAGAGGAAAAAAAUAAAAAAAAAAAAAAAAACGACAAAAAAGUCGUGCAAGAGGGGAGCAACUAAAGACAAAAGCGAAUCAAGCUUCAGUAUCCGAUCGUCGCUAAUUUCGUGUCCUCCACAAUUUAUUCGUGAUUAAGUUGUGUCACAAUUUGCAAAAUAAAUAAUAAAAAGAUAUUAAUAUUAAUAUCUGUGAUUUAAUAAAAAAAUAUUAUUCAAUAUUUAAGUUGGUUUUUAUGAUACGAGGCAACAAGUCUCACACGUGAUAUUAAAAGUCGUGAGAAAAAAUCAAGAUAAAUAACCAAGAACAAAAAAAAUAAAGAAAAAAAAAGAAAGACAGGAUAAACUUCAUUGAGCUUUUUGUGUAUUUCUCCAAGCCUAAAAAAUUAAAUAAAAAAAAACAAAAGAGUUUUGAAAGAAAAAGAGGUUGCUAUCGAUUAUAAUUUUUUGGCAUUUAUUUUGUGCAAAUUAGUAUUAUAUUUAAUUUAUUUUAUAUAUAUAAUAAUUCAGUGAGCAUUAUUUCGUGUGUUUGUUCGUUAUAAUAUAUAUGUAUAUUUAAAAAAAAUAUAUAAAAAUCGGGUUCGCGAGACGGCUAUUAAAGUUGGAAGACAACAACAAAAAAAGAAAAGAGGUCAGUGACGUAAAAGAUACAAAGUGUCUAGAGAAAAUUUUGAUAUUUCAACCACGUGCCAGAGGAUAAAACAGGAAAAGUUAUCAUCAUGGCGUCGACAAAACAAAUUCAUCAACAGUUUCAACAACAACAACAACAACAACAGCAACAACCACAACAACCACAACAACAGCAACAGGCAACAACACCAAUAACUGUAUCAAAAUUAUACGUAGGCAAUUUGCCGUCGGAAUGCAAUGAAGCUGCACUUCGUCAAUUGUUUAAUGAAAAUAAUUUUGGAUGCACAACGAUACUUGUUAAACGUGGUGGAUAUGCAUUUGUUGAUUGUGCUGAUCAAUCAACGGCUGAUCGGGCCAUUGACAAACUCAACGGAUACACAUAUUUGGGAUCAUCACUUGUUGUCGAGCCAUCAGUUGCAAGUACAACAAAAAAACGACCUGGUGGCACCACAAAACCAGAUACCCCAACCAGCCAAUUCACCAAUGGAUGGAGUGGCUCUGUGGCAAAGGUUUUAGUUAGCAAUCUGCCUUUACACGCCAAAUUCGAAGACGUCCAGAACAUCUUCUCAGCUUAUGCACAGGUGCAAAACGUUGAAAAAGUGCAGUCUCGUGAUCCAAAUAGCCAAGCAUUACUCAUCAGCUAUGAAACACAAGAGCUAGCACAGCAGGCUGUGUCUCAGUUGAAUGGCUACGAUUUCGAGGGUUUCUCAUUGAAAGUGGAAAUGUCGAGUGCCGAAAGUAGAAGAAGGGGACGUAGCCAACGUCCAGGCGUUGCAUUUACUGGUUUACCUGGUUCUGGACGUCAAACAGAUUUUCCAUUACGUGUUCUUGUACAAUCAGAUAUGGUUGGUGCUAUUAUUGGUCGUCAAGGUUCAACAAUACGUCAAAUAACUCAAUCAACAAGAGCAAGAGUUGAUGUACACCGUAAAGACAAUGUUGGUUCACUUGAAAAAGCUAUUACCAUUUAUGGUAAUCCAGAAAAUUGCACAAAUGCAUGCAAAAAAAUACUUGAAGUUAUGCAACAAGAAGCUAACAAUACAAAUAAAGGUGAGAUUACAUUGAAAAUUCUUGCACACAACAAUUUGAUUGGUCGUAUUAUUGGAAAAGGUGGUAAUACAAUCAAAAGAAUAAUGCUUGAUACUGAAUCUAAAAUAACAGUCAGCAGUAUAAAUGACAUCAAUAGCUUCAAUCUUGAACGUAUCAUUACCGUCAAAGGCACCAUUGAUAAUAUGAGCAAAGCUGAAUCCAUGAUCUCCAGUAAACUUCGUCAAAGUUAUGAAAAUGAUCUUCAAGCAAUGGCUCCACAAAGCAUGAUGUUCCCUGGACUUCAUCCAAUGGCAAUGAUGUCAACAGCAGGAAUGGGCUAUAGCUCACGUGGACCUGGUCUUUAUGGUUCAGGACCAGCUCCAUAUCCAUAUCAAGGAAGUUUACAAACUCAACAAGGUGUACCAACAACUGAAACACAAGAAACAACUUUCCUUUACAUUCCUAACAACAGUGUUGGUGCUAUUAUUGGUACAAAAGGUUCUCAUAUCAGAAAUAUCAUUAGAUUCUCUGGUGCUAGUGUUAAAAUUGCUCCACUUGAACAAGAAAAACCAGCUGAUCAACAAACUGAAAGAAAAGUCACCAUUGUCGGUUCACCAGAGUCUCAAUGGAAGGCACAAUAUUUAAUUUUUGAAAAAAUGCGUGAAGAAGGUUUUGUUGCUGGAACUGAAGAUGUCAGACUUACUGUUGAAAUUCUUGUACCAAGUGCUCAAGUUGGUCGUAUUAUUGGUAAAGGUGGUCAAAAUGUUAGAGAACUUCAACGUGUUACUGGAAGUGUCAUUAAACUUUCAGAACAACAAACAACACCAGCACCAGUUGAUGAAGAAACAACUGUCCAUAUAAUUGGACCAUUUUUCUCUGUUCAGUCUGCACAAAGAAGAAUCAGAGCAAUGGUUAUUCAAUCAGGUGCUCCAGGUAGCACAACUGGAAUUCCUGGCUCACGCGCUGGUCGCGGAAGCAGCCAAGAAGGUGGUGCACGUUCAAGAAGAGAUGACAGUACCGCAUCACAAGCUGGUAGCAUAGUUUCUCAAACACCACAAUCACCGCAGUCACAAUCUGCUCAACAACAACAGCAACAACAAUCCCCCCAAUCUCAAUCAUCAAACUCACCAUCUCAAAAUCAACAACAGCAGUAAAUUAAAACACUGCUUCAAAUUAAGAUGAUAAAAUGAGAUUAAUAAUCAUCAAUAACGAAUGAAAAAAGAAAGAAAAAAAAACAACAACAAAUCAACAUAAAAACACCUGAUGUCAAUCAACGCCUCAAUAGAUUCAUUAUUUAUUUUUUUCUUUUUUUUUUUCAUUUUAUUUUAAACUUUUGUUUUUUUUUUUUUUUUUAUGUUUUAAUCGUUCGCGGUGGUUUAAACUGUGAAAGAUAAUUGUGGACGAUUUAAUCGCGAUGCUCGGAAGUGUUUUAAAUGGGCAAAUAAGUAAAUUUAAGAAAAAAAAAAAAAACUCUACUGAAUCUCGAGUGACUUCCCGGUGUCACGAAAUUAAUCAAUUGUUACCGCUGCUUGCUUGAUAUAGUAUAUACAUUAUCGUGUGUGAUUAUUCAAACAAAAAAAGAAAAAAAAAGUGUUUUUUUUUUUUUAUAUUUUUCUUUUUUUAAUUAAAUCAAGACUUGUCAGCGAUGUGUGUUGAAUUGAUCACUAGUUGAUCUUAUAAUUAAAUUCAUUCGCAAUGGGACUCUGGAAGUUACUAUUUGCAAAUGAAAAUUUAAAAUAAUAAUAAUAAUUUCAUGACACUGGGAAGUAAAUGAGAAUAUAAGUUUAAAAUUAAUACAAUCAUUAUUGUUUUUUUUUUUUUUUGAUUGUAAAAUUAUAAUUUGUAUAAAAAAAAAUUAAGCCUGCACUUGUACAAUCUACCCUGUGCAUCACGGUUCUCGUUAAUUUUAUUGUAUAUUUAGUUAUUUAUAUUUAAUAAGUCGCAUGAAAUAUAACAAAAAAAAAAAAAAACCGAUGAACAAUAUUAAACAAAUAAUGAAUAACUAGAUCUCGUAGAAUAAAAAAAAAAUGAAAAAAAAAAUUUAAAAAACCCACCGCAUCGAUAGUAAAGCGUUUGACAAGUAAAAAAAUAAAAAAAAAAAUUAAGAAAAUUAAGAAAUGAAAAAAAGAAACAAAAGAAAAAUAAUGAAAAUAAAAAAAUUAAAAUUAAAAAAAUGAAAAACUACGGAAAACACACACAACCUUAUUACCUCAUUCAUUAUGAUUAAAGAUUAAUAACUAAUGAUAGAGCAGAGUGAAGUGAGAAAUAAUUAAAAAAAAAAAAGAAAAUAAUAAUAAUAAAGAGAAAAAUAAUGAAAGAAAGAGAAACCAACUGAUUUAAAGUCUACGUAAUAUUAAAGUUUUAAAGUUAUUAAUAAUAGUAUACAGAGAGAAUGAAAAAAAGUUAAGUUACAAUUACACAAUUACGUUAUAUACAUGUUAUUACAGCUUACACUUUGCUAUACCGAUAAUUAUUAUUAUUACACUGUUAAUUAAUUAACUAUAUAGUUCAGCCUUUUUUUUCUUUUUUUUUAAAAAAAUUCGUGUUUAAUAUUUUUGUUCAUAUUAUCAUUUGCAACUGUUCUAAUAUUAUUAUUUUUUUUUUCUUUUUUGUUGUAUCUUUUUUUUAUAUUAAAUUUGUUUUUACAAUUAUCAUUAGAAAAAAAUAUAAAACUAAGAUACAGUUUUGUAAAUUACGUAACCAAUUUAAAUAAUGGUGACUUAAGAUUUAAAAAAAAAAAAUAAUAAAUGAAAUUUAAGAAAAAAUAAAUGAAAAAAAAAAUUAAUCAAGAGAACAUAAUUAAUGCGCCACUCUGACAUUUCAGAAUAAAUUAAUAUUUUAAUAAGUUUGAACAGCAUUUUGUACAAUUCCCUUGAAACGUAAUACCAAAGAAACAAUUAUGAUUUUUUUCGUAUUAUUAAUGAUGAAUUAUAUUGGCAAUGAAUUUUAUUUCUACAAAUUAUCUUGAUAAGAUAUAUUGCCAAUUAUUUCGAGGGAUUGUAUGUUUUAUCAAGAGUAACAUCAAUUUGUUUUUAAAUUAUUUUAAACAAAUUCAAUGUCACCCUUAUCAAAAGGUAAAAUAAAAAAUUUAAACUUACUGAAUGAAAGAUCAAGAAUUUUGCAAAUGAAAAUUUAAGUUAAUGAAAAAAAAAAACGUUUGAGAAUUAAAAAAAAAAAAAAAAAACAAACAAAAGCAACAAAACAUUUUCAGGGAUUUAUACUUUACCAUGAAUGUUAUGUGUGAGUGUGCGUGUGUUGACUGAUAAACUAUUAAUUCAUAAGUGAUUUAAUUAAUUAAUAAUAAUAAUGAUAACGUGAGUCGCGAUACAGGUUUAAUUAGGUUUAUUCAGAUAUUAAUUUAAAUUUUAUCAGUAAACAUGAAAGUCUCAAUACAGUUGAGAUGAAUUUUUUUUUUUUUUUUUAAUCUCAAAUAAAGAUUUUUUUGGUAAUCAACUGAAAAAUCUAUCAAACUGGACUAACAAAUAUUAAUCAUUGCGAGACGAAUAUUUAUAUACGUAUUUGAUAAAUGUCUCGCAACAUAUUUCGGUAACAAAUAAAUGAUAUUUUUCAUCAGUGAAAAAAUAAUCUUCAAGUUACUAAAAGUAACGAAAAAAAAAUGAAAAAAAUAAAUAAAUUUCUCGACAUUCGUUGUUGAAUUACUCGCGUUUAGUACAAAGAAUAAAACGAGGUAUAAAAAUAAUUAUGGAUUAACAUAUUUGCGUUGAAACGGUCAAAUUUGGAAAGUGUGCACGUUUUUUUUUUUAUAAAUAUAUUGGGAGAACGAAGCUGAAGUAGAUUUAAAGUAAAAAAAAACGUGACAAAGAUUUUUUUUUUUUUAAAGUUAAAAAAAAAAUAUAAAAGAGUUAAAAGUGGCGAUUAAUUGAAGGAAACAAAGAUUGAGAAAAAAAUAAUGAAAAAAAAAAAAAAAAAAAAAAGAAUAUAAGUUUAUUUUUGAUACAUUGUUGGGGGGAGAUCUAAAUAAUUCUUUCAGUUUUUUCCCCAGAUUUUUUUUUUUUUUUUUUUUAUUCUGUUAAAUGUUUUUUUUUUUUUUUAUAUAACUUAAUGGAUUUAAAUGAUAUUAGGGAUGAAAAAAAAGGAAAAUUUUUGUGAGUAAAAGAGAAGAUUUAAAUUUUUAAUAUAAAUAAAUGGAAUGAGUAUAAAAAAAGAGUGAGAAAACGAGAAAAAAAAGAGAGAGAUUAAGUAAAAAAAAAAAAAAUUAAAAAAAAAAAAAAGAAAAGUCGAAAUAAUAAAGUUAUAAAAUUGAUUGAUGCGUGAAAGGGUAUAUAAAACGAGGCAAAGUAACUUCGUGAGUGAGAAAAUUUAAUGAUGAGAUAAUUUGUCAGAUGCAGAAUGUUUUUUUUUUUUAUAUUUUUUUAUUAUUAAUCUGCUCUGUACGUUUAUUCUAGGAAAAGGAGUUUUUUAGUCAGAUAAAAUUUUAUAAUAUAUUUAAUAAUAUAUUACGUGAGAAAAAUGAAAAUUUUAUUAAAAAAAAAAAAAGAAAAAAGGAGAAAAAAAAAGAAAAAAAAAUUUUUAAAAAGUAUAUAAAGAAUGUGGUGUGGUCAGGUCGCUGGGAGACCGUCUCACCAGAGUAUCACGAGGAUUUUGAUGUAGAUUUGUUGAUUAAUUUAGCUCCGUUUAAAAAAUAUCACUUGAAUCAAAUCCUCAUAUUUUCAAAUAUUGCGAUCUCCCGCUUCAGCCACUUGUCAAUUUUUUUUUGUAUCAAAUGAAUUUUAAAUAGACAAAAAAACAAAACACAAUUAAAUACAAAACAUAAAAUUAUAGUAAAUUAAGCAUUUAAAAAAAAAACAAAACUGACACUCCUUUAUCCAGUUUAAAAAAAAAAAAAACUAAUAAAUAUUAUCGCGAAUAACAAUAUAAUCAAGAAAAUAAAAAAAAUAAAAUAUACACUUGUUUUUCAGUCGUAGGAAAAACAUUUUAUAAGAUUUAAAUUCACUCACGACUAAACGAGCCCCAUGUGUCAUUAUAUGACAUAUUUAUUUCGGUUUAUUUGAUUUAACUACAUAUAUUUCCGAAAAUAAUAAUAACCCCCGCAUCGAAAUGAUCACUCACUUUCCAUCGAGCACGUCAAAGAAUAAACAUAAAUAAAUAACUCUUCGACUUCGUUGCUCGUUCAUAUACACUUAAAAAGGAAAGAAAUUUAUAUAAAAAUUUGAAUUAAAAAUCAACGCGAACAUGGACCAAAUAGCAGGCAUCGUCACACGCAAAAAUAAAUAAAAAAUAAUGACGAGACACAUAAAAAAAAAAUUAAAUAACAUCGGAAAUAAUAAAUGGACCAUUAAUUAAAAAAACAAAAAAAAAAAUGGAAAACAAAUAGUGUUAAUCGUAAAACAAAAAACAAAAAAAAUAUAAAUUUGUUUUUUAAAUCUUAUUUUGGCAGUUUUUUUUUUUAAUUUAUUUUUUUCUUUUUUUACACCAACAAAAUCAGCAAAAAACUUGUGAAAAAGCUCAGGCUAUAAAAAGCUCAUUGAUGGUGAUAGAAAAAAAAAAAAAUAUAUAUAUUUAAAAAAAAAAAAAAAAGAUUAAGAUUUUAAAAAAUAAAAAAGGGCGGGCUUUAUUAUUAUAUAUACUGUUUAAUUGUGAGACCCGCUCACACACUCGGGGACGAUGAAAUGUACAAAUCAAACAAAAAUAAGGAGAAAAAAAAAAUAAUUAAUUAAAAAUAAUUAAAUUAAUAUUUGUAUUACUGUGCCGUCAAUGUGUACAGAUUAUUUAAAAAAAAAAAAAAAUUAAGAAACAUUUAUCGUAACGCGUCCACUACCUCAAGAGUGCUACAAUUUUUCUAUAUUAAUUAUUCAAAAAAUGAAAAAAAAAAAAACUUAAAAAAAAAACAAAAAUAAUUCAAAAAAAAAAAAAAAAAAAAAAACGUAAUUAAAUAAUUUCAUAGAGAAUACAAAAAAAAAAAAAGAAAACCUUAAAUUAAUUUGAAUUAAUCAUAAACAAUUUUUUUUUAAAUGAGAUUAAAAAAAAAAAAGAAAAAACCGUUUGAUAAUUUAAAAAUUUUUUAAAACAAAAAAAAUAGUAUAAUUAGUAUUUCACAAUUCAUGAUAUAUAUUUCAAUUUUUAUUUCCUUUAUAUUAAUACUUAGACAUUACAUUGAUAAAGCCGUUUUUUGUUCUUGUUGACUUUAAAGAAAAAAAAGCACAGAAUGCAUUGAGUGGUUGCGUUUAUUAUUAACCCUCAAAAAAGCAAUCUUGUUUUUCCGUUAAGCAGUUGUUCUAAUAUUGAUAUAAGUAUAAGAAAUGUUUUUUUUUUUUUUGUCAAAUAUAUUCACAACAGAUUUAAUAAAAAAAAAAAAAUAGAAUAUCCAAUAUAAAUAUUAAUAAAUUAAUAGUUUUAAUAAUAACAGAGAGAAAAAUAUACAUUGAGGGAAAUAUAAAUUGAAAUAAAUUAUCUCCCAUUAAAAUGAAAAUAAUUGUGAGAAAAAAAUAUUAAUGAUAAUUAAAAUAUUAAUAAAAAAAUUGUAAAUUAUAUUGUAUAUUGUAAUUAAUCGGUUCGAUUAAACGGGAUCACAGAUUUUAUUGAUUUGUUGUCGAGCAAAAAAUGCUCUUCUCCACGAUAAACAACUAUGAUAAUUUCUUUAAAUCAUCAAAUAAUUUAUACAUAAAUUUUAUCAAAACAAUAACAAACAAUUUAACAAACUGGAGAACGUUAUUUGAUAAUAAUUUAUCAUUGAUUUGUACAUUACAAAUUACAAUUAAUAAGGAAAAAAAAAAUAAUGCGAAACUCAAUAAUCAGUUUGUCAUUGUUAACAAGAAAAAGAAAUUGAGAAAAUCAUUGACUAUACUAAACUGUACAAAAAUGGUUGCAUGCACACGGAAUAACGAAAAAAUAUUAAAAUUAAAAAAUAAUAAUAGUAUUUUAAGGAAAUGGCACAACGCCGUGAAACCUUGCGAAAAUUUAAAAAAAAAAAAAAAAGAAUUUACAUUUAUUCAUACAUAAUGUUUAUAAUAAUAAUUAUUAUUUUUUUGUUUUUUUUUUUAUUUUUAUUUAAUUAGAAAAGUAUUGCAUUGUAAAGACAAGCUCUUUGCAUUUUCUUUGCAGUUAAAAUGGUUUUUAUUUUUAAUAUGUAAAAAUAGUGCAUCGGGAUCACUUGUAUGUAAUUUUUAUUGAUGAAAAUUUAAAUUGAAAUAACAAGAUAAUUCAUUUGGACAAGUGCGCUCAAGUGAUCCUGCAAUUACGAUAAUUAAUUCAAGUUCAAAUUAUUAAUUUUCAGUUUGCUUUGUCGAGUUUUAUUUUAUUUUUUUUUUUUUAUUUGUUUUUUCAAUUAGUUUUUAUAUAAAAAUAAAAUUACAACUUUUUUUUUUUUUUUGCACCAUGUCACUACGACAAAUUAACCGGUUUAGAUAUUUUUUUUUAUUUUUGUUUUAUUGGCAAGAUUAUUACGAUGAAAAUUUCAACCGGAAAAAAUUUGUAUUGUAUGAAAUUUAUGUAAUUUUUUUUUUUAUAUACUUACUGAAAAAAUUUUCUCACUAAAAAAAUUUCUUUCGACUACAUAUGGAAAAAAUUAUGAAAUAUUUGUGGAUAAUGUUUUUAAAAAUACUAAAUAUUUACGGCUAAUCAUUAAGAAAUACAAAAAAAAUAAAUCAUAGAAAUUUAAAAAAUUUAAAAAAUAGGCAUUAAGGCUGGAUACAAGAGCAGUUGGCAUUACUUCGGAUGCAAAAUUGUUUUUUUUUUUUUUAUUUUAAUAAUAAUUAUCUUUAGAAAAAGAAGUAUAUAUUUCUUUUUAAAUAAAAAUAAUAAUUCGAAUGACAUUUAAAUUUGAAAAAGAAAAAAAAAAAAAAAGUUUUGAUUCUUAAUUUAAUCUUCCGGAGAAAUAGCUACUGCUGGAAAAAAAAAUUUGGAAAAAAUAAUAAUAAUUCGGUUACGAUAUGCCAAGGUGAGAAAUGCUCUUUAUCUUUAGGUUUAAAAAUAAAAAUGAAUAAAAAAACCAAAAAAAAAAAACAAAAAACAAAAAAAAAACAAACAAAAAAAAUUAAACUAAAUUAAAAAUUUCGGUGUGUGCGCAAAAAAUAGAAAUAAAAAAAAAUUCAGUCGAAAGAAAUUCAAAAUUUUUUUAAUAAAAAAUUAAUCUCUUUAAUUUUAUUAACAAUAAUUUGCGAAAUUUUUGAAAAAUUAAUUGUUCAACGUAUACAUGUCUAAAAAUUAUAUUUAAAAAAAAAUUUCGAAAUUUUACUUAGUCGAUUUCUCGUCUCGUUUGUGAGAGCGGGUUGAAACAAAAAAUGAAAGAAAAAAAAAACAAAAAAAAUUAUAAAAAGAUAAGUUUUUCAUGAAAAAAAUUGAAAAAAAAUUGAAAAAAAAAAUUUUGAAAACGUGUUUAUGACAUAAUAAAAAUUUACCAAUAUAAUUACAAUAACAAAACAAAAAAAAAUAAUCAACAAACUGACACGAUAUUCUCAGCAAACUAAAAACAAAAAAAACAUUGUUAUUUUUUUUUUCUUAUUAAUGAAAAAUGUGUCGCGAUAAUAUUUAAAACUCAGUGCAAUAGUUGUUUCAAUAGUAAUGGAUUUAAAGCGUUAAUAAGACUGUGAUAUAUUGUCGUUCAUUUUAAUAAUCUAAAACACUACAAAGAUUUUUAAAAACAAUGAAAAAUACUAAUUAAAAAAAAAUGUUGUCGACAAUUUUCGCAGGUCGAAAACGCACUUCACAAUAUAAAUAAUAAACUACCUCGCAAUUUUUUUUUUUUUUUUUUUCAUAGACGAAAUAAUAAAUAAAAAUACAUUUAACAAAAAAAUACUAUACCUCAAUUAUAAUCAAUCACACAAAUUGUUCAUCAAGAGAAAAAAAAAAGAAGAAAUAUAUACACUAAUGUUUUUC